GUGGCCUGCAGAAUUUUCAUCAGCGUCGUCACGUCGACCUACUGUUUUAUGGUUCCCGGUCUUUUCAUUGCCAAUUCGAAAAGAAAAUUAUGUUUGUUCCUUAUUGAUAAGUAUUGCCAACGGCUGGGUGGGGUCGCAUUACCUCUGCCAAUCUGAACCGGUGUCAAUACAAGUACACAUUGGGGAGUGUUCUUCACCUCGAGAACACUAGCGUCCUGCGAUACAAAUGAGGCAACCGUAAAGCCAGGCGGAAAAGCAAGGUGCGUCGACCAGCCCUUCGCCACAGAGAAAAGCUAACGAUCUCCAUUUGGAUUUUGGCUCUCAGAAGUAGUGUUUAUUGGCCAUUGGCUAUUGCUGGCGGUGGUGGUCGGGUGUUAGCUGUGGCGGUUGCCUGGUGGCAGCGUCGGCCGAAUGGACCUAGCGCUCAGCAGGAUUGAGUACACCGAGGCGGGCAGCUUUGUACCAAAAGGAUGCCUGCAGGUGGUGAGUGGAACCCAUGCUAAGACUGGCCAGAAGGUGGCCGUGGGAAACGGCAAUGGAGAACUGAAGGUAUUUGGCAUACAUCAGAAGACACGGGCGGUGGAUGUAUCGUACGUGGCCAAGGCCUACGACAAGUCUCCAGUGAACUGCUUGCAUACGAUGGUACCAUCCGGGAAGGACAAGGCAGUCAUCUUCGUGGGAGGUCAGGGUUCUGAGGGCAUGGAGGACGAGCAUGCCGACAUCCAGGCCUACUCGAAGCGAAAGUCGACGCCGUUCCUGGAGAUCAACGCCAACCUGCGCGGUCCAGUCAACUUCAUUUCCGUGUACAACGAAGACGUGUUUGUUGCGUCGGACACCAUGCUCAACCACAUCUUCAACUCCACGGAGGAGAGAGGAUUCUUCAUGCCACCGCGCGCCAUCACGGGACUAACAUACGGCCGCAUGGAGAGCGUCCUCCUCCCAGUUAUAUCCACUGCCGAUCGUCUCCUUCGAAUGCUCUCGUUGGUUUCGGAGUCGUUAGACGGGACUACAGGCCCGAAGACCCAGUUGAUUGAGGUCGAGCUGCCAGCACAGGCAUCGGUGCUCACGUCCUACGGAGAAACAGAUACGCCGAGCCAAAACAUCCUCUACGGCGGUCAGGAUGGCCGUUUCGGAAUGGUCGGGACACAGCGGCCGGUAAAACACCGCUUCUGUGUGGACAAUGACAAGAAGAAAGGCAGCGUGGACACUAUCGCGACGUUUGACUUGACUGGUGAUGGCGUACAGGAGAUUGUCGUGGGCCGUUCCGAUGGCUCAGUUGAAGUGUUUCGGCUGGACACCGCCACUAGGAAGGCAGUUCUCUGCUCCGAACAUACAUUUAGUGAGAGCAUUUCCUCAGUGAGCUGUGGCAAUGUUGGAUCAAGUGAUGAACGCGAGGUGGUCUUGUCGACGUACAGCGGCCGUAUCUUCGGCUUGAGAGCGGGCAUGUCCACCAUGCUGAAUCAGACGGCCAAGCCGAAAGAGCAAGACGAGGUUGCUGGCGAUCACAGUCGGCAUGUCGCAUCACUGAGGUCUGAGAUAGCCCGGCUGGAGAUAGAACUGGCGGACAAGAAGCGACAAGUGGCGGCGGAACAAAGUCGGCCAACGAAUCCAUCCGAGUACAUUGCGGACGGCCUUAUAAGCAUACACGAUUCAUUCACGUUCAGCACCCAGGACUCUACCUAUGUCCUUGUCAUUGAGACGCAGAUUGCAGUGGACAUGGUGUUCCUUCGGAGUGACACAACAAUGGACGUGGUAGACCUAGAUAAGAACACAGUGCUGGCCAGUCAGUGCGCGCCAGACCCAGCGAACAAGACGCUCGUGUCCUACACACUCCGCUGCCAGGUGCACACGACUCGCAUUGAGCUCAAGUUUCGGCCAAUCGAGGGCCAACAGGGCACUCUCUCUGUUAUUGUUGUGCCUGCACCGCCGAUGACCAAGUACAAAGUUGCACGGGAACUCAAGUACCCCAUUCGUCCUCUGUGCCUCCAUAGCAUUCAGCACUUUGACUCAGUGGAGAGCAGGCCACUGAGCUGGUUGCAUUUUGAGGGGAAAAUUCCUGUGCAGGAAGCUCACAAAAUGCUGGCAGUGUGCUUACCGGAUUUAGGAGAUUUCGCACCCGACUCGCCUCCCGGUGAGGACAUCGAACUGAAGUACAUCUCAUCCAUCACCGGCACUGUUGUCAAAGCCAUGUACAAAGAGGGUAGUAUUGCCAUUGCGUCCGACAACGUGUCCAGCCUGGCCAUCCUGAAGGAGUUCAUCACCAAGCUUGGUUUGGAAUGGCGCGUGUCUCUCAGAUGCACAGCAGAAAUCAACGAGGAAUCAGUGCCUUGGAUGCUGGAUCUGAUUGAUCGGAAGGUUAAGCCUCAGUUGAAACUGAACCAGAGACUCGUCCUCUGGCAGGCGCUCAAGGAAGUGGAAAUGUCUGAAGGCAGUGAUAUGAUCACAUCACCCGAAUAUAAAGAAAUCCUUGCUACCGGUGAGGACAUCAAGAAGCAAAGUGAAAUGGCCGCAGCUAGCAGUGUGCUGGAGCGUCUCUAUGGAGUCAUCACAGAUCUCUACAUUGACUAUUACAAGAUGGAGGACAUCAACAGCAAGAAUCACACCAACAUUCUACUGCGUCUGCUGGACCAGUACGACCUCGCCGCCCUGAAGGACUUCUUCAUGCGCGACCCGUCCGACCGAUCUCUGUGGCAGGACGAGGACUUGGCACAGGAGUAAUGCCCUGUGUCAGGCUGGGCCCAGUGCACAGGAGACCGGUGCAGAAGAAUGGCCAUGCUGUGCAUGCAAGUUGGAUUGGUGCUGGCUGCAUGACCCCUCCAGUUUACCCCCGUGUGGAGGCUCGCAACUGAGCUUGCAUGUUCAUUCACUGGAUGCAAGGCCGGCUGCUCGUACACGCUACAUUGCAUGACACCACGGUGUGUUGCCUGCUCCAGUCACUCCGUGCAGUCGACAGUAACUGUCGUGCACACCAUGCAACAGCUGUAGGCGAUUGUAGAGAAACACUGGGUGCCGUGGAAAUACACACCGGCGUGUACAUUGAAGUAGAUGACACCGAUUUAGCUAGACGUAGUGCGGCGUGCAUGUGUUGUUCCUUGAAGCUAAUAAUUCUUGUACAGAACGGACUUAUCCUUUAGUGUAAGUAGUUGUCUGUGGCCCUACUGUGGGUGUACUGUGGCCCUACUGUGGGUGUACGACUCCUAAACAGUGGGUACCCGUAUGUGCGCACGGCCAGCGUCGGCCACCCCUUCCUUUUGACCACAAUUUGACCACAUGAUACAGUAAUUGGACGAGUCAGGUUGCGUUUGGAUUAUGUCACAAUAAUAAUGUUAUGACAUCCAGGCAGGGUGCACAUCAGGCGUUUUAAGCGAGUGCACCUGAUGCCUACGGUGUGCACUGCACUGCAACCACUUGAAGUACUACGUGUUCGUGUUGUAUGACUUA